UUUUUUAAUAAAAAUUAAAAUUAAGUGACAGCAAUGGCUCCUAUGCCCAGCAUUAAAACUGUCAAACCUGAUACUAAUUUUUUGUAUGUGGGAGCAGAAGCUGAAGAGGAGUCAAGCGAUUCUAGUCCAAUACCUUCAAGUCCGCCCUCAAGCUCCGGCCAAGCAAAAUCACAAUGUUCCUCAUUAUCAGAUGGUGAAUCAUUUGAGGGUUAUGGUGAAAACGUCAAUGGCAGCCUAAGACAUACCGCAAAUGGAAGCGCAAAUGUUGACGAUAACUUAAACGAGACCGGCGGUGUCGAGUUACAGUUGAGUCGUUUCACACCGCAGAGCAACUCAUCUACAAAUAACGAUGACGACUUGGACAUGAUACCGCGAGAUAGCUGGGCACGCAGAAGUUUGCGCCGUGCGCCCACAAGCAACCCGGAAAGCUUGCAACACCGUCGUUGGGGCUCAAUGAGACACUCUGGUCGACGGCAAUUGGGUUCCAAUGCUCUAGCCAGCAAAAUUGCUGAGAUGUCUUAUUAUCAAUCGACACUAUCAAGUUGUAGCGAAGAGUUUCGUUAA